CAGGCCGAGCCUGAGCCGAGCCUCCCGUGGGCGAAGCGCGCAGUCUCCGGGGCAGGGGGCGGCCAACAUGGAGUCUGGGCGCAGGAUUGGGGGGGGCGGUGCGGAGAUGGGAGCCCAGCCCCCUCCCCUCCCCCUCCGGGCCGAGUUCGGAGCACAAAGCCGAGCGCGCAGGCUCGGCCAGCCCCGCGCCCCGAAGAGUCAGGAGCGCUGAGCGGCUGGGGAAGGGGGUGGGAACCAAACUUUUUCCUGCCCCGGGACAGACACGCUUGCCUGAGGUCCAGCGUAGCCCCUAGACACCAUGUCAGACAGUGACCUGGGUGAGGAUGAAGGCCUCCUCUCCCUGGCAGGCAAGAGGAAGCGCAGAGGGAACCUGCCCAAGGAGUCGGUGAAGAUCCUCCGGGACUGGCUGUACCUGCACCGCUACAACGCCUACCCCUCAGAGCAGGAGAAGCUGAGCCUUUCUGGACAGACCAACCUGUCGGUGCUGCAGAUUUGUAACUGGUUCAUCAACGCCCGGCGGCGGCUUCUCCCAGACAUGCUUCGGAAGGACGGCAAAGACCCCAACCAGUACACCAUUUCCCGCCGCGGGGGCAAGGCCUCCGAUGUGGCCCUCCCCCGAGGCGGCAGCCCCUCAGUGCUGGCUGUGUCUGUGCCAGCCCCCACCAGUGUGCUCUCCUUGUCCGUGUGCUCCAUGCCGCUCCACUCAGGCCAGGGAGACAAGCCGGCAGCCACCUUCCCACAAGGCGAGCUGGAGCCCCCCAAGCCCCUGGUGACCCCUGGUAGCACACUCACCCUGCUGACCAGGGCUGAAGCUGGAAGCCCCACGGGUGGACUCUUCAACACACCACCGCCCACACCCCCAGAGCAGGACAAGGAGGACUUCAGCAGCUUCCAGCUGCUGGUGGAGGUGGCGCUCCAGAGGGCUGCUGAGAUGGAGCUCCAGAAGCAGCAGGACCCGUCACCCCCAUUGCUGCGCACUCCCAUUUCUUUCGUCUCUGAAAACCCCAAGUAGGCAUCUGCCAACAGGUGUGCUCGAGGCUCGAGCCAGCUGUCCUGGGUUUCCGUUUUGGUCCCCCUUCCUACAGAGGGUUUUCUUUGGAUCACUGCCAAACAUCGGGAUCAUCUCCUCUGUCCAGAGGUCUUCAGCAGGAAGACGCCAGCUGGUGUCACUGCACUGGGAUGGGACCUCUCCUCUGCUGACUCUGCCGUUUCUCCAGGCCUCCUCAGUGAUGAGACCAAGAGAUUGGAGACAGGCAUGGUGCUGCUGCUGCAGAGAAUCCCUGGGACCCCUUUGUUCCCACCUGCUUUCCUGAGCUGGGCGCAGGAACCCUGCCAAGUUCACUCACACCUGUGCUGGGUCCCAGUUGCCCCUGACAGGGCCUCUUUUUGUUAAGUGUGGACAUUCCAGGUUCAUAAGUGUGAACAGAAGAAAAGAGGAGCCCAGCAGAUGUAACAGAACCGACUCCGGUUGAAUGUUUAGGUUUUUGCUAAACUUUGUGUUUAUUUUUCCCUCUUUGCUGUGGUUUGCAUUAACAGGCGUAGUUAGCCCAGGUGUGGGGAAUGAGAGUGCAUUGCUUGAUGGAGUCUGAUAAACUGAGAAUGAUCCACCACUGCAAUUGGUGAUUGUUUUGCAAGGAAGAAGUAUUUUCAUUUGGGGGACCAGCUAAAUCUCUGCAAAGUUCCAAAUGGUUGUUUAAUUGUUGGUUUGGUUUACAAAAAAAAAAAAAGUUAGAAAAAACUUUUAUGGGCUUUGGCUUUUCUGCAUCAUGCACAGAAGGGAGAAGGGGAUAAAGCCACAGCCAGAGAGAGGGUCCAACAAAUCUGACCAAACCUUCUAGGUGCAGAGCAGAGAAGGAUGAUAGAGGUGUUUUUCUGGUUGGUUGGUUGGUGUCUUUACUGUAUUGUGGGGGAGGGGAGGGGGAGGUAAGCUAGGCUGAGCAGUGGGGUGGUGUUUUUUUCUCUUUCAUGUUUUCCCCUUCUUUAUCUUUGAAAGCUUCACCCCGCGGCCUGAGUUCUGAAUUCCUUCUAGGAAUUUGGCUUAGUGGGGCCAGAAUGUCAAAAGCUCCCUGUUGCUCCUACUUGGAGAGAAGUGAGCCAUCUAGUGGUCAGGAAGGCCUUUUAGCUGAUCCAGACGGGCAGCUUUUCCCAUGAUGGUGGCCGGAAACUGUUCCUGGAGGAAACAUGGAAUAGUGCCCCCAGCUGCCUGUGGAACUGCCCCGGGAGGAGGCUGGGGCUGGGAAUCGGUCACGAAGCCUGUUCGCUGUGAGUGUCUUUCUGUUGCACCUCUCUUUAAAUUGGAGUUGCAGAAGCCCCUGCCCUGAACUUCACAGUGAAACGGAUCGCAGUUAGUCUUAUUCUCCUCCCGCAACCCCCACCCCCGCCC